UCAUCCGGCGGAGGAGCAGGAGGCUGAGCUAACGGAGGAGAAACGGCUGGAGAGCAAAACAAUAACGCGACCGUCCACAUCGGAGCACGUACAGGCGGCUUGUGUCCUCUGUCCUGCCCGGAGAAGAGGAGGAGGAGACGGCGGAGAGGAGGAGGCGGAGGAGGAGGUGAAGCUGGAGCUAACGGGCUGAAAGUACCAGAUGCUAUUCCAGCGGAGAAGGAGGACGGUGAUGGGUUCUCGCUUCCCUGACGGGUAACGUUCGACCUCGGCUUGGAAAGACCCCCGGAGUGAGGGGGACCCGCUCUGCUCCUCCUGGUCCUCGGGGACAUUUUGUCUGAAAUGCGAGUCCUGGCCGUCGAGCAGCUUCUGGGCCGAAUCUGGGAAGUAGCUAGCUAGCUCCCCGCUAGCCGCAACUGUACCCGAUGCUGCUGCUGCUGCUGCUAAACGGAUACGAAAGGCAACACAAGCUGGUUCCGGGACCUGGCUUCGAGCGAGCUGUUGUUCUACCCCACUGGACACCGACGUUGCGUUUGAGAUGUGAUGCUUUUGUGUGUCGCAUGUGAGCCUUGUGUAGCUGGAGGCUCUCGCUUGCCCGACGCGAAGGAGCUAGCGUUGCUGCAGAAUGCACAGCGGAACCCCGGCAGCGGGCUCCUGGUGAGGGGGCCGAGCUCGGACAGAUAGCAGCCCGCCCUGGGUCGCUCCACUCUCGGGGUCACACUUUCCUUCCCCCCGUCACUCACCGCUUCCUCGUCUGGAGACAUGGAUAAACUCACGAUCAUUUCAGGGUGCCUCUUUCUGGCUGCAGAUAUCUUUGCAAUAGCCAGUAUUGCAAACCCGGACUGGAUCAACACUGGUGAAUCGGCAGGUGCCCUUACGGUCGGUCUAGUCCGGCAAUGUCAGACCAUCCACGGCCGAGACCGGACCUGCAUCCCACCGCGGCUGCCCCCUGAGUGGGUCACCACACUUUUCUUCAUCAUCAUGGGCAUCAUCUCCCUCACAGUCACCUGCGGGCUGCUGGUGGCAUCACACUGGCGCAGAGAAGCCACCAAAUACGCCCGCUGGAUUGCCUUCACUGGCAUGAUCCUCUUCUGUAUGGCGGCACUCAUCUUCCCUAUAGGCUUCUAUAUCAACGAGGUGGGAGGUCAGCCGUACAAGCUGCCCAACAACACAGUGGUCGGCUCCUCGUACGUGCUAUUCGUCCUCUCCAUCUUCUUCACCAUAGUGGGACUGCUGUUUGCCGGCAAAGUCUGCCUCCCGGGCUGAGGAAUGGACCGUGCCCGCCUCUGGACGGACACAGGAGGCUCUGAAAAUGUAUUGGGAUUUACAAAAACACACAAUGACUGAAAAUCAAAAACACCAAACUCUGGCCCGACGCCUGAAGCAGGGAAUACUCUGCUCAUGUGUCAAGGGACCGCAGCAGCACGGAGUACCUAACGACUAAAAGAUGAAAAGGCAUCAACGAACACAAUAGUAGAGAGGGACGUGGGCACAAAGGGGUGGAGGAGUGAGAGAGAGAGAGAGGGAGAGAGAGAGGGGGCAGCUGAGGCUGUCGCAGCAUCCUGCCACUGUUGAUUUAAAAUAUGGCCGUGUCUCUGUACUUGCUCUGUCUAAGGGUGCUUAAUGUGCCGCUGACAUGGCAACCGCGGCCACAAUGCUGGCGCACAUUUCUUGAGGACCGCUACAGCCACUCCUCGACUCGACUCCCCACUGCCCACCCCCCCCCCCCGCCGCCCUCGGCACACAUCUGCAACGUCACGACUGCUCCUGUUGCUAUUUUUGGCUUCUCUUAGCUAUUUCAGUUGUGUGUUUUUCUGUUGUUGUACAUUUUGUGUUCCUUUUUUUUUUUCUCUCCUCCACCCCCCCCCCUGCCGCCUUUCCACUGAAGUAGUUUGAGUGUAAUUGAGGUUCACUGAACUAAAUCUUUGAGGGGAUAUUUGGGGGGAGGGGUUUCUGCCAGCUUGGCUUAAGAGCAGGGUUUAUUCUCGCCGGUUGCAUCCCAGGGCCCCAGGUGUGGUCGGCGAAAGCAGCUGUGGUCCCAGCUGUCUGGGCCCGACACACGGGGUCUGCUGUGGAAGAGAGAGGUCGGCCAAGAUGCACCCCCUCUGUAUUGUCUCCAACCAACUCCAGCUCAGGAGCAGGUGACAACGAGGGGUGACCCCCGUGGGCAACAGUACGUGGAAGUCAAGUACCAUAAAGGAGAAUGCCACUCAAUGCAAGACCAACCAUACUUAUUUAUAUGGACAGCAAUAAUCUAUCAAUGAGUGUAGACGGCGUAACCCAAGAUACUGAUGAACACCGUUUGCCAAUAACUAUUAGACUGUGAAUUUAGAGAGUAAUCACCUGGACAUAAACACACCUCUUGUAUUUGUAGAUAAGUUCAGGCACAAGCACAGUGACCUUCAAAGUAUUUCUCGAACAUGUACAUCUCUGCGGUGUUACAUUUAGGUGAACUUGUACGACAGUAUUGACAUUUACCAACAGAAGGUGUGUAGUUAUUAUUAAUGGUGUGAAAAUAACACGUGAAUGCUGAGGAUUGGUGGUAUUCUCCUUUAAUGUCAGACAGGAAAGAACCGAGCCAGGAGCAUUUGUUUUUUGUUUGUUUUUGUCGGUGAAGGCAUUGGGACUGCCGGUCAGGUCCGUGCACGGGGCUGUGCCUCAUUGUGCUGCUCUUGAGGCCUGUGAAUGUAACACGCACACAAACACACGCAAACACACAUUUACACACACAACCACCUCACUGUCUGCACCGUGUAGAUCCACACACUAGGGCUGAUACUCAUUGUUUCACUGUUUCUCA